UGCGGCCACAGCUACUGCAUGCGCUGCCUGACUGACUACUGGGACCGUCAGCCGGUCUGCAGUUGUCCUCAGUGCAGAGCCAGCUUCAGUCCCAGACCCGCCCUGGGCAGGAACAACCUGCUGGUGGAGAUGCUGCAGAGUCUCAGUGCUGUCAAACUAAAUAAGGGCCCCUCAGCUGCUCCUCUGUAUGAUGAGGGUGGCUUUGAGGGGGACACAGGCUUUGUGCACGCCACCUUUGACGUGUCUUCAGUUCAUCCUGAGAGGACUCAUGGAGAGAGGCUUCUGGGGGAAACACGGAGACGUCUCACACAGCAAAUCAAAGACAGGGAGCUGGAACAUCAGCUGCUGAAACAAACUCUUCAGUCCUUUUCUCGUCUGGCCAAAGCGGCGGUGAAGGACAGCAGCAGGAUCUUCUCAGAGCUGCUGGAGUUUGUGGAGCGGCGCCGUGUCGAGAUGAAGGAGCUCAUCAGAGCUCAGGAAAAGGCUGAAGUGACUCGAGCUGAGAACCAGCUGCAUCGUCUGGAGCAGCAGAUCUCAGAUCUGAGGAGGAGAGACGUCGAGCUGGAGAGGCUUUCACACAGCCAGGACCAACACCUGAUCACACAGAUGUGUCAGUCUUACUGCAGUCCAGUCCCUACAGGAGGAAGCGGCUCUCUAACGGUCAGUCCACAUGUUUCCUUCGGGCCUGUGAGGAGAGCCGUCUCAGACCUGAAAGAGCAACUACAGACUCUGUAUCUCAGAGAAUUCCCAAGUGUCACCUCUGCAGUGAAAACUGUGAGCAUCCUGCAGAUAGAGAAGGCCAACAAAGUGAAGCCUGUUGGUUCUGCACACGUCCCUGCUUUGGACAACAGGAAUGAUCUCCUUCAGUACUUCAGUCCGCUGUCUCUGGACCCUUUCACCGCACACAGGGAGCUUUCUCUGACUGAGGGGAACCGUGUGGUUAGUCGAACCGGAGAGUAUCACACCUACCCAGACCACCCUGAUCGCUUUGACACCUGGGGCCAAGUCCUGUGCCGUGAGGGACUGCAGGGCCGCAGCUACUGGGAGGCCGAGUGGGACGGACAACAGGUGGAACUGGGGCUCACCUACGAGAGCAUCAGAAGAAAGGGAUCAUCCAAUGACUGCAGGCUGGGACACAACUCCCUCUCAUGGAGUCUUCGCUGCAGCCCCUCCUCCUUCACCUUCUGCCAUGGAAGUGAGGCGCAGCCGGUGGCGGUUGUCUCCGGCUCGGCUUCCCGCAGGAUUGGGGUGUUUCUGGACCACGAUGUGGGGCUGCUCUGCUUCUACAUGGUGACGCCCAAAGGAGUCCACCUCCUGCACAUGGUGAAGAGCUGCUUCACCCAGCCUCUGUACCCGGCAGUGUGGCUCGGAGCCAAAUCCACCAUCACCUUCUGCACCGUGGACUGAUGGGAGCACAGGCUUCAAGACAUCAACACUCUGUAUGGUCAGUUAUGCUUUCUUCAGCUUUUAAUGUUAUACAUAUUAUAUGUUAAACUGACUCAGGUACUGACUAGAGCCCAACUGAUUUAUCAGCUGCCUAUGAAAUCAUUAUUGGUAAAAUGACCAAAUAAUACACUUGCACAGAAAUUCAUGUUCUGAA